AUGUCUUCUCCCGCCUUCACGGAGCUCCUUGACGUCAGUACUUCAAGAGCCUGCCUCACCUUGUGGGUUCCGCAAUUCUACUCGGGACAGGAGAGGGAACAUGCUCAAAGGAGAGGAAAAAGAGUGUUUCUGGAGAAACCGAAAAACCGCUUCAUCAAGCCAUAUCCCUGGACGGAGCCAGGAGCUUGCGCGACCGCUGGCGAGGGGGUGCGCUUCCCGGUGUCCGGGUACAGCCCCCGCGCCGCCGCGCCGCAGCCGCUCACCGCCCGCCAGCCGGCGCAGCACAACCCGCAGGCCGACUGGGACAUCAACGACACCACCAUCCCCAAGGUGUCGGCCUACGACGAGUGGCUCGAGUGGGCGGACGGCCACUGCCGCCUGGUGCUGCCGGCCACGAGCGAGGAGGCCAAGAGGCACGCGUCGGGCUGGGCCAUGCGCAACACCAACAACCACAACGUGCACAUCCUCAAGAAGUCGUGCCUGGGCGUGCUCGUGUGCUCGGCGCGCUGCUCGCUGCCGGGCGGCGGCCGCGUGCACAUGCGCCCCGCCAUCUGCGACAAGGCGCGCAAGAAGCAGCAGGGCAAGGCGUGCCCCAACCGCGCGUGCGCCGGCCGGCUCGAGGUGCUGCCCUGCCGCGGCCACUGCGGCUACCCCGUCACCCACUUCUGGAGGCACACGGAGCACGCCAUCUACUUCCAGGCCAAGGGCAACCACGACCACCCGCGGCCCGAGGUCAAGACGUCCGUGGAGACGCGGCGCGGGCUCCGGGGCGGCCGCGUGCUGCGGAGAGGCGCCCGCGGGCUGCGCGCCUCGGCUGGCGCGGCCCUGGCCGCCGUCAGCCAGAUCAACCCCCAGGUGGUGAGGCCGAGGACGCUCCCACCGCCGCUCAUCGCCGACCCGGCAGGUUCUUCGUGCUCCUGCCCUCCUUUCGAGUGCCUGUGCAAGCCCAACAAACUGGGCCUUCAGGCUGUGCAGCCGUACCCGCCGGCCAUGCCGCAGUCCGCCUACAACCCCACGCCGUGCCACCCCAACUUCUGGGUGGUGGACGACGCGCCGCCCCCGCCACACGCCCCCCAUGUUCCCCACGGCCCCCACCCUCCGCACGGCCCCCACGGCCCGCUGCUGCACCCGGACGCGAUGCCGUACCCGCCGCCGCCGCCGCAGGACGAGUUCAUCGUGCCCGAGGAGGACAUGCUGCGGUACGACUUCCCGCACAUCGACGGCGACCUGUUCCAGCCCGAGGAGAUCUUCCAGCUGGACGCGCCGCUGCGGCCGCUGCAGCAGCAGCAGCAGACCAGCCCCGCGCCCGUGCGCUCGUGCGCGUACGAGCGCGGCCGCUCGCCGCCCACGCUGCUCGAGCUGGGCGCCAGCAACACGAGCUUCCACUCGGACGAGCAGACGACGUGCUCGGACGACAGCAGCCACAGCGGGGGGCUGGCCUUCCAGCAGCCGCCGCUGCAGCAGGGCGUCGUCAUGGACCUGUACGGCAACAGCCACUGCUCUCCCGCGCCCGGCGACACGCCGUACUUCGAGCCGGCGCCGGCCCCGGACAAGGGCUCGAGCAGCGGCGCGGCCGAGUGGAUGUGCAGCGUCAAGCCGGAGGUCGGCGGCAUGCUGGAGGACGUCGGCCGCCUGCGGACGUGGGGCCUCCACGUGACGGGGGACACGCUCCCCGAGCAGCAGCACGACUGGCAGCACUACUACGCCGACGGGCCGAAGUACGUCCACGAGUACAACAACAAUAACAACAUGGAGGACUACGUGUACGGUCACCCGCACGCGCCCCAGCACCCUCACCACCAGCACCUUCACGUCGACGUUAAGGACGAGCAGACGACGCUGCCACCUAUGCCGUCCAGGACAUUCGCGCUGUAGACGGAUGGUGUGGUGAUGGCGUCUGUGUUGAGAGGCAAGGCAGCGUGGUCGAUUGCGUAACGAUCCCUACACGAUUGUUUUCUCGGUGCAGAAAGAGCGUCCAUGGUUUUCCCCUGAUUCCCGCGCAUUGCUGCGUACUGGGAAGCCAGGGCAUAGAGAUCAAACAAAGUGCAAUAUUGUGAGAGUGGCCUACGUGAAGCUUACAAAAAGCCCGACUGCGAUAUUCAGUAUAUAAUAAGAAACAUUUUUCCGAGUGUCACUCCAUUAGUCUUUAUUAAAGUCGUUUUUAUCUAAAUACCUAGGUUUAAUAUCGAGAAUGUUCUUGAUUUCCAGUAUUCGUUGUGUACUCUGUUCACUGAAAUACUCUUCGUUUGUUGUUACUGCCCUUUCAUAUCUUUCCGUUUUCGUUGAUAUAGUACGUGUAAAAAUUAUAAAGUAAUUUAAGAAAAUUAUCUCAAUUUAAAGAAAUCUUCGUCUUAACUAAGACUCUUGUUUCUUUGCAUAUUCCUUGUUGACUUUUGAGUGUAACAAUCUAGUGCAUAUAUUUUGGGUCACGGGCAGGCAACUUCAGUUGUGCCCCAACAACCCAUUGUGUUUAUAAGAUAGUUUUAUUUUGCACAGACAUGAUAUUACUGUAUAUAGAAAUGUACAAAGCAAAGUUCCUAUUAUAUCAAAUUUAAUGUUUUCUUUAAUUGUGCCUAUUACCAGUCAUUUGUUAUAGUACAAAAAGCAGCAUCUGUGUUAAGCGAUUCAACUUACCGAGUUCCGAAUACCGGGAGCCCAAAGCGGAAGGUGUGCUUUCUUCUUGUAAACUUUACUUUAAAAAGGAAUCGCCCAGUCAACAACUAUGAUCUCCUUUUGUAAAAAAGACUUUUAUAUUACUUAAACGUGUAUAAUUUUGGUUGUUAUAUAUAUAGUGUACAUGUUUUAUUAUGAAAAGAUUUGUGUUAAGAGUUAAAACUUUCAUUCUUUGAAAAUAAAGAAAAAGUUAUUGA